AUGGAGAGGGGUCGCAACGGGGGGACCCGCGCUGACAGCAUAAAACCCUGCGCUGAGCGCAGACAGCAUCUCAUUCGUGAGUUGUUAUCGUCGCAAUGUCUGGACGUGGAAAAGGAGGCAAAGGACUCGGGAAAGGAGGAGCGAAGCGCCAUCGCAAGGUGCUUCGUGACAACAUCCAAGGCAUCACGAAGCCAGCCAUCCGUCGUCUUGCUCGUCGUGGUGGAGUGA